AGAGUUCAAUUGAGUCCAUAAUAGUACUUCCUUAAAAUUUAAAAUACAAUACACUAAAAUUGCGAAUAAAAAAUAACAUAAUUAUGUUGUAAUACAUUGACAAAAGAUUUUUUAUUUUCAUAAUGAUAUAUAAAUGGUGGCAUAGAUUUGUACGUCGCAGGACUAAACCUAUACCUGUUGAUCAGGCUAUUUUAUGGAAACGUCGGCUAAGCAUUGCUUAUGGAUUUGUAGCAUGGAAUGCCUUCGGUUUUGUUGUUUAUAGUGCCUAUAAAGGUAAAGCAGACUGGGCACAUUAUUACGGUUUGAAGACAGACGAAGAGAAGUCUCUUCCUCCAGGUCAAGCAUGGGCUAAUACUUUAGGUAUAAAAAAUGCCAAGGUAUAUAGAAUAUCAGGAUUCCAAAAGGUGGAUGAAUAUGACAUUGUUGAUGGAGAGCACAGGUCAGUAAAACCAGUAGCGAUUGACGAAAAUGAUGAAGACCUAGUAGAAUGAAAUAGACAAUAUUAAUGUAACACUGUUUAUAAACUGUAAAUAAUAUUGAAUUAAGUAGAUGUAAAUAAAAUAUUAUUGUUACAAA